AGACGAUGUUAAUGCAGACUAUAGAUGUCGUCCGAAGCAAAACUGCAAUUGAAGAUCUUCAAUUGAGUCUCUAGAUACUCAAAAUACAUCUGAUUUGUUGCUUUGAGUGACUACUUUAAAUAUUCCGAUCCUUGUUAGCAAUUGCUCUGAAUGUUUUUGAAAGGUCAUCAGCAACAUAAAUGGAUUCUACGCGCUCUUGCCGAGUUAUUGAUCGAAUACGCAGCAUUUCGCCGAUUUCACCCAGACCUGCAUUUUCCGAGGGGGUGUGGAUUCUGUGGAUUAUUUUCAUCGGCGCAAAAGUUCCAUAGUUUUUGUGGAAAGGUCACCCUUUAGCACGAUGUAGUUAGGGUAACGUCGCGUGCCCUUUGUAUUGCAAAGGGCACAGGCGAUCCAUGGCCCGCUCCCCUUAUUGGUUCUGCAACAUCCUCGGUCCCGCCGGCGGGGCGUCAUGUGAUCAUGCUAGGAUUAUGCCUCAGUCGUAUUGUGGCCAGUCUCGUGCAUCGUGCCAUUUUCUUACUCCUUGCCGAUUUCCUGGCCGGCUCGCGCUGGUUCCUGAUUAAUAACUUUACGGCGGCCAUUGAUUUUUUAUUCGGAGCGGAUUAUCAGUAUUUAUUUGACCUGAACAGCAGCCAUCAUGUUCUGGCUGGACUGGGCUUCCUUCUCUCCUGGUGGAUGGCCCACUUCCUCAAGACCAAACAGCUAUGGUACAACGGUCUGGCCGUAGAGCUCUUCCUCCUCAUCCAGAUCAUGGGCUACCUCAGCAACCUGGCCUUCACCAGCGCCACUCCCACCUACCCGGUCGCCGUGUCGGCCGUCCUCGUCCUCCUGGUCGACCUGUACCGCCGCUACACCUGCACCCUGCGCACUCUCGACCCCGAGCGCACCUUCUACCAGUUCGACCAGCUCCGCCGCCCCCUCGUCCCCGACCGCGGCCUGCAGCUCAUCCAGCUGACACCCCUGGUGUACGCCGUCCUCCUCAAAGCCGAGCCCUACAUCGACGUCAGCACCUACUCCAAGAUCCGCUACAGCCUGGGCAUGACGGACGCCAUCGUGUACGUCGGCCUGAACCUGGACGUGGCACUGGUGGUGCUCACUCGGGUGGUGGGGACCCUGCGGACGGCGGUCUGCGAGUUCUCCGUACAUAACAUUGCCUGGAUGUUUCGGGUAAAUAUCACCGGAGCGUACACGCUGAUGUUGCGGGAUCUCGGCUGGAAAUCGAUCCCCUCCGAUCAGAUGCACCUGGCGUGGAUGGUGUACUUGGUGUUAAAGGUCACGGUGGUCAGUGCCCAGUGGAGUACGAGCGCCCCGGUGGCGCUGCGGGAGGGGUACGGGAGUUAUGUGGCGCGGGCGCUUUCCAGUAGUUUUGUCGCCGCUACCGCCACGGUGUACUUUGCGUGUUUGGCGGCUGGGAUGCUGCUGACGUCGGUGGCUAGUGUGCUGACGUGUAGCAGUGAUGUCGUUCCCAAAGGGAACUUUCUCAAAGGGAUUUUCGAUACCGUCCAGGUUAUCCGGUGGAAUUCCUUUCCUUGGAAAGUGAAGCCCGAACUGCAGGUUCGUUUAUUGGCGCAUGCGGUAAUGUUUGGACAAAUUCCCCUCUGCGGCAAAAUGAUCAAGAAUAUCGGACAGACCGUGCGCCGCAAAUGCCAGUGUGACGAGAAUAUUUGGCGGCGAUCCGUGGGCGGUGUCAUGGCGAUCGCAUUGUACUUUAUCUACGCCUGUGUUGUUGCCAAACAUAUUACCAUCGCAGCGCCGCUGGUAUCGGAGUGCUUCGGGCGACAGAUCAACAAGAUGACUUCGGUGUGGAUUGCUUACAAUUUCAUUGUGGCCCUGGUAGAAGUCGUCACCAUUUUCGUGUACCAGGGUCUGGUGACCCCGACCGCCCGCUCCCAAAUGGACAAAGGCACCGCCCUCUUUCGCUCCAGCCUGACGGGCGUCCUGGCCGUCUCCCUGACGAUAGUCAACGGGAUCGGUCUGCAUGACACCCUGGUGAACGAUAUCUGCGGCUACCGUGACAUGGUUAACAACAUUCUUCAAAUCGUGGCGCGGGUGGCGUUCAUCUACAUCACCGUCAACGGCGAGUCCGACGAGGAGCUCAUGCAGAAGCUGCGCAAUGUCGAGAGUCUCACGUACCACAACAGCGCCACCAGUAUCCCGGCGGCGGCGGAGGAAGAUCCGUGUGGAUUAUGCUACGGGAUGGACACGGAGGAAGAGCGGCCGCUGGUGAAACUAGCCGGUUGUCGGCAUACAUUUCAUGCGGAGUGUUUUGCCGCGUGGGAGAAUGUGGGUAACCGGUGCCCGGUGUGCCGCAGUGUGUUCCAGCGCAGUGAGAUCGUCCGAGUGGAAGAAAGGAAGGAACCGGGGCUCACGGAGGAAAAUGAGGAAGAAUAUGGCGAAAAAGCCUGUGAUGAUAGUGACGAGAACAGCUGUGAUUAGAAUUGUGUUAAGGAUUCAUUCAAAACAUUUGUCUCAAUCAAUAGGUCAACAUUAAUUUGGUUUGUUGUUUUUAUUCGUACGCCACAAUAAUGAAAUAAAUUUAUAAAA